UGUUUGGCAAUGCGUAAACUGGUUGGAAGAGAAAGAUAGUAUUUUAUUUAUUUGUUUGUUUAUGAAUAAAAAUAAAAAUUAUGGAAGAUAUUGUCGCUUAUGCAGAUAAUUUAAGAUUUGAUAUAGAACAUGCCCUGGAACAACAGCUGGGUGCUUUACCAUUGCCAUUUCCCGGCAUGGACAAAUCGGGAUCCUCUAUUUGCGAUUUUUACUUACGGGGCUUAUGUAGUAAAGGGUCUGCUUGUCCAUUUCGUCAUGUUAAAGGUGAUAGAACUGUUGUAUGUAAACAUUGGCUUCGGGGUCUUUGCAAGAAGGGCGAUCAGUGUGAAUUCUUACACGAAUAUGAUAUGAGUAAAAUGCCUGAAUGUUACUUUUAUUCUAGGUUUAAUGCCUGUAGUAAUAAGGAAUGCCCUUUCUUGCACAUAGAUCCAGAAGCAAAAAUCAAAGAUUGCCCGUGGUAUGAUCGGGGGUUUUGUAGACAUGGGCCUAACUGUAGGCAUCGACAUACAAGAAGAGUAAUCUGCCCAAACUAUAUGUGUGGUUUCUGUAUUGAAGGGCCAAACUGUAAGUUCAUGCACCCAAAAUUUGAUUUACCUAUUCAAGAUCCAGGUACGCAGCCAAAAAAGCAAACUAUCACUUGUCAUUACUGUUCUGAACCUGGUCAUAAAGCUAUUGCAUGUCCAAAUAUGCCUGCAGAACUUAGGGAAGAUCAUGGUCAAAGAGUAACUGUACCAAAUAGUCAGGCACAAUUAGUCACUAUUCAAUUGCAAGAUGGCCUUAAGGCUGGUUAUAGGCCUAUUGAACAAGUAACUUGCUUUAAAUGUGGUGAGAAGGGACAUUAUGCAAAUAAAUGCCCUAAAGGCCAUUUAGCAUUCCUUAGUGUAGCGUUACAAAAUAAUCCUCGACCACAGUUACAGCAGUCAACAUAAUAAUUUUGAAGUGUAAAAUAAAUCAAUACUGUAUGAAGACACUAUAAAAAAUUUAAAUUCUAAGAAGUUUAUAAAACUUUAUGCAUAAAAAUCACCACAAAGAUUAGUUUUGAGUGAUAAAUAUUUGUUACACUUCUGUUUCUGAAAUUUUUUCAUAUUUCAGAAUGCUUAAAUUUGUAUUUACACUUUAAGUAAAUACAUUAAUAUUUAUUUCAGAAAGAAAACAUUGAAAAAAUUCUCGUUGCAUUUAAAUAUAUUUUGAAGGCUUAAAACUAUUUUUGUCAAGAAUUUUCUAUUCUCAUUUUAAUAUAUAUUCAGCAGCUGUUUGAGAAAUAUAUAUUUAAUAAACUCACCUAUGCCUAUAAAAUAGUCAGUUCAGAUAUAUUUGAAAAAAUAUUUAAAAUUCUUUUCUGGAAUAUUAUGUUUUAUUUCGAGAAAAACUGUAAAAAUGUCAGUUUAAUAAAUGAUGCAUCCUUGCAAAGCAUUUCUUAAAGAAGGUAUGGAUUUUUCAGAUGCAGCACUGUUAAAAAAGCUGACUCGACAUAAAAGUCUUAAAUAAACAGUAUGAAAAUUUAUUUUUGAAAUUAUUACGGUAAUCAUUCAUUUAAAGGGUUAAAUAAUCUCGGUGGAUAUUUCUGAUUUACAAAUAUGUUUCUUCCCCCCCCGUUAAAGAUCAUCAACAUAUGCACUUGCAAAUGUUGCUGUUAUGCUGUGCAUAACAGUAUUACAUUUAAAAUUAAAUUUAAUAAUUUACCAUAUUUUUUGUACAACAGUUUUACUUUAUUUAGUCAUUUAAUCUAUUUAUGGAAAUCCUUUGAGUCUGUCGAUAUCAGUAAAUUUUAAUGUAUAUGAUGUGUUCUAUCACUAUAACAUUCAGAAUUUCCUCAUUGGAAUCUUUUCUGAAAUUACAUUUGCAAGAUAAUUAACUAAAUAUUAGUUACAUAGUUUAUUUAAUUUUCAUGUUUAGUAGAAGUAUUUCUGUAAUAUUUUGAUAUGUUUUAAUUCAGUAAUAGAGCUAUUCAAGUAUGUUUUUAUGUUGGGGAGCACUUAUUGUUUGUGAAGUAAUAUAACAUAAUUUAUAUACUUCCUGAUGUUACAAAAAAAAAAAAAAAAAACUUUUUUUUCACAAAAUAAAAGUGAAAUUUUAGUUUGUUUUAUUGGUUUUUUUUAUUUCAUAUUCUGUAAUAUGUUAAUUUGGGGUGUACUUAGAAAGUUUAUUGACAUGUACACUGCGAAAAAAAAAAGAGGGGACAGUUCUAUAUAUCCUAUUCUACAGAACCGAUUGACAAAGUUUAACUUGCGUUUUUCAUGUCUCAAAAGUGCGACUUAGGAUAUGUAUUAGAUUUAUAUAUAGCAUUGCCUUUAAUAUAGGUAUUUUGACAUAAAGUUGGACUUUUUCUGAAAUGGCA